AUGGCCAACGCAUCGGACGUCAUAACCUACAUCGGCGUCCCACUCGCCGUCCUGGGUGUCCUACCCAUCCUGUACACAUUUAUGCUCGCCAUCCUCACCCAGCGCCGGAUUCGUGCCGCCCUCGUCCACCACGGCCACAGACCUGUGAGCACGACCCGCCCGCACGAUGGCUUCACCAUCCGCAGCUCCCCCAUGACCAGCCUGAUUGAAGUCGAAUUACCUCGCUACACUAUUGCCCCUCUUGAGCGUGGAAAUGAGGAUUACUGGAAAACCUCGUCCGAGGGGAGAGAUGCCUCAGAAGAACAUCACCAUCUCCUCACACUGGAUCGCGCAGAAAGCACUCUUUCCAUGAUCGAAGAGGGGCGCGUGCGUGGCUUUUUGCGAGGUGGCAGCUGGCGGGGCUUCCACUGGAAAAAACUCAUUGUCGGUAAAAAAUUGUACAGGAUCCAAUACGAGGACGAACUGAGGGAGCCGCCUGCGGAGGUGAGCUUCGAGGAGCUGGUGGUGUUUUUGUUGGAUUGGGGUGCCGUGCCUGAAGGCAUGGGCUGGGAGAAAUUGAGGAGUGGCGGGUUGUGGACGCCGAGUGGGACGGUGUUGCUCAAGAAACCCGAGGAUGAUGGAGUGGAGGGAGACGAGGUCACUAAGAAGAGAGGAAGGGGCGUAGACUGGGUGCUGCGAACAAGCAUGCCUGACGAGAGUGACGGGAUAUUGAGUCUCACAGUACGAUGGACCCAAGACGAAACGAGCUCCGCCAGAGACAUGAGAGGCGCAGAAAGCUUACCCCCCGGUUGGGGACGUCUGACGCAGCCUGCGCCGCUCGAAGCUAGUGAGAAACGCAAAGAGAAUGACAAAGACCUACCUGCGCGGAUCGAGAAUUUGAAGUCGGCAAACAAACACAGCAUGGACAGCACCAGCUUCCGGUUUCACACCGAAGAUAACCGCGUACAAAGGCUCCUCUGGGAACAUAACAACCUCGAAACGGGCUUCGUCUGCGCACCGUUCCGAAGAUACGAGCAAUCCUCAGCAGGGUUGUGGUUUACUUGUGCGGCAUCGGCUUUACUUGCACACAAAAAUUCCACCGGCGGCGGUCUCUGGGCGUUCGAGACUCCCACAGAGAUCAAGACGUUUGUGCGCAAAGAAACGAUCCCAUGCGGUGUGAUGGUCCUCCUCGGCCUGCUCUCGGAAAACGACGCACCACAGUGGUCAUCUGAGAAGGACGACCAUAACGACGGCAUGCAUCUGGCGCAGAAACACCAUCAAUGGUUUCAAGCUCGACUCGCUGCCGAGAGACUGGAGGCCACCAUGCCACCUGAACAAGCUAAGAUCCACAAGAUGAACAGGGAGGCAAAUGAGAGACAGCAGCGGCACAGUGACAUGAUGGCCGCGCUUGACGCGAAAAAGGAGAGGGAAGAAAGGAGGAUCGUUGACGCGAUCGCGAGUCCGAGGAUGGACAUCAAGCGCGUCAGCGAGGCAUGCCUGACGUGGUUGAUAGAGAGGGGAGAAGUCGGAAGGGAAUGGACUGUGAAUGAUCUAGCCGAGGCAGUUUGCUAUCUAAUGGUGGUGGAUUUGCAGGAUUCUCCUCCUAAAUACCAAAGCGAAGAAGUCAAAGUGGAAGAAGAACAAGAACAAGGCGAAGCCAUGAGGAUCAUCGGGAUCCUGGACGAAUGGAUGGCCUGGUCAACCGCUGGAGGGAUGAAGAAACAACAGUUCCGGCUGCUGGAGAGGGGAAAGGAUAAAGUGGCGUUUUGCUUUGCCGUCGCCCUGGUCGCGGUCGUGGCAGAGGCCAUGAGUUCGAACAAUGCGGUCAUGGGCAAGGUGGGAUCGGAUAUGCUCGAGUGUAUGAGGUUGUGGAGGAAGGUUCGCUUAGGAUGA